AUGGCACCCAGCCGACUUAAUAUUCUGGUCCACACAGGCACCGGGACGACGGCGGAAUCUGUCCGCCACUGCAUGUAUACGCUUCGCCGUCUGCUGUCCCCCAACUAUGCCAUCAUCCCCAUCAAUGAAACGGCCAUUUUGAAAGAGCCAUGGGCACAAACAUGCGCUCUUCUCGUCUUCCCAGGAGGCGCCGACCUUGGCUACUGCAGGGUGUUCAAUGGCGAGGGAAAUAGGCGCAUCAGCGAGUUUGUCCGCCGAGGAGGGGCAUAUCUUGGGCUCUGCGCCGGCGGAUACUAUGGCAGCAGCAGAUGCGAGUUUGAAGUUGGCAACAAAUCCUUGGAGGUAGUUGGCAAUAGAGAGCUCGGAUUCUUCCCAGGAACCUGUCGCGGCGGCGCCUUCAAGGGCUUCGAAUACCGGAGCGAGAAGGGGGCUCGAGCUGCUACCAUCAAGGUGGAAAAGCAGGCUUUGAAGGACAAGAUGCCUGGGGAAUUCGCCGUAUACUACAAUGGCGGUGGUGUUUUUGUCAAUAUGAAUGCAACAGCAGGGCGUAAAGUUGAGGUCUUGGCGUCAUACAAGGACGAUAUAGACGUGGAUGGUGGUGAGCAAAAGGCUGCAGUUGUUCUGUGCCAUGUAGGAGAGGGCAAGGCAAUUCUUAGCGGACCGCACCCAGAAUUUGCCCCAGCCAAUCUCAAUCCCCAGCCAGAAGUUCCGGGAUAUGGCGAGCUAGUCGAUAGACUUGCCGCAGAUGACAGGUCUCGAAUCAGCUUUCUAAAGGCGUGUUUGUCAGAACUAGGCCUCGAAGUUGCCCAAGACGAUUACACGCCUCCAUCGCUGUCCGGCCUCCAUCUCACCGCCAUCGAUAGCGGCAAGGUGACAGAGCUGCUGUGUGACUUGGGAGACGCCAUCGAAAAGGAGAAUGGCAACGAGCUCAUCCGCGCAGAGGCAGACACUUUUCAAAUUGUGGCUCAAGACGAUGGUGUGGACUUGAGUGAGCUGCGAAAUACUUUGCCACAGGCCGAGACUAUCGAUGACCCAAGCUUGGUUAUCAAAAAGAUUAUUCCGCAUGAGAAUAAAUUGCCCAGCGAUGAUCUAACACCUCGUUUCAGCCACGAGCGGUUCUAUUCCAGCUUAAGACAUUAUAGAAAGAUUGAAUCCGGGGCUUAUCAAUGGGGUGAUGUCCUAUUAUACGGAGAUGUGGUGACGAGCACCAACACUCUCCUAGAGAAAAAUCCAAAGAUCAACACCAAGCUGCCGACAGGUUUCACCUUUACUGCCUCGACACAAGUCGCAGGACGGGGCCGAGGAACCAACGUCUGGGUCGCACCCCCAGGAUCUCUUCUAUUCUCCGUCAUCAUCAACCACCCAGCUCACCUCGCUUCUUCACGGCCCAUAGUAUUCAUUCAGUAUCUCGCAGCCGUUGCCAUUGUCGAAGCCAUUCGCUCCUAUGAUACGGGCUAUGAGAAUAUGCCGGUCAAGCUGAAGUGGCCCAAUGAUAUAUAUGCUCUUGAUCCCACAAAGCCAGCAUCUCCCCCAUCUUACGUCAAAAUCGGCGGCAUUCUAUCUCAAUGCAGCUAUUUUGACGGCUCAUACCAGGUCGUCCUGGGAAUUGGCAUCAACGCAACCAACCCUCGCCCAACAACUUCUCUUUCCGAUUUGCUCCCACCCAAUGUGUCGCCACUUCACUUGGAGACUCUCCUUGCCCGCAUCCUCACCCGCCUAGAGUCCAUCUACGAGCAAUUCCGCCGCGAGGGCUUCUCCCAAGGCUUGGAGACGAGGUACUACCGCCACUGGCUACACACAGGGCAGUCCAUCACGCUAGAAGCCGAGGGUGGUGUCAAGGCGCGAGUGGUGGGCAUCACUCGAGACUGGGGAAUGCUGCGUGUUGAGGAGACAGAUUCUGAGGGACGAGGGAAUGGAAAGGUGUGGAGUCUGCAAAGCGAUGAGAAUAGCUUCGACUAUUGGAAGGGAUUGGUCCGUAGAAAAACCUGA